UCGAGCUGUGAGCAGUAAUUGUGAAACAGCGGCAGGCUGCUGCUGCUCUCCUGUCUCUACAAGCAGAGGACGAUUUUUAUACAACUUUUUUAUCUCGUGCAUCUCACAUUUUAAAUCACCUCAAGACGACAGGGAGUCUUUUUUUUAAUUAUUAUUAUUAUUCCAAUGCAGCUUCAGAGGAACUUACCAUGAGCAUCACACGGCUGGAGAGCUGAACAACCUCGGGUCUGGAAGAGGGGAAGAAGAUGCCUCAUGGACCGCUCCAUCACCACCAGUGCGCCAGUUCAGGGCAUCCCGACCACCGAAUAACAAAGACAUGCCGAGGUUUAGUGUCAGAUGGAUGGUGGCGGUGCUGUUGAUUGUGGUGGUCGGCGGUGCUUUCUUCUUCUGCGAGUAUCUCAUUUACUUCCCCACCAUCCUUAAGUGCGGCUGGCCGGAGAACAGCCAUGCGCGGGCCGGCGGAGAGGGCAUCGACGGCCGGUCAGCGGACUCUACGGUCCGCGCUAUGGUGCUGUCGGACACGCACCUCCUCGGAGCUGUGGGGGGACACUGGUUCGACAAACUGAGGAGGGAAUGGCAGAUGGAGAGGGCUUUCCAAACCGCUUUGUGGCUGCUCAGGCCUGAAGUAGUGUUUAUUCUCGGGGAUAUCUUCGACGAAGGCAAGUGGAGCUCGCAGAAGCACUGGGAGGACGACGUGCGCCGCUUCCACCGGAUGUUCAGACACUCAACUGACACGGAACUGGUUGUACUGGUUGGGAAUCAUGACAUUGGUUUCCAUUAUGAGAUGGACUGGUUCAAGCUGCAGCGCUUCGAGAAGGUCUUCAACGCCUCCUCCACCCGGAUCGUCACCAAAAAGGGAAUCAAUUUUCUGCUGGUGAACAGCGUGGCCCUGCACGGUGACGGCUGUCCCAUCUGCCAGUCGGUGGAGAAGGAACUGAUCAAACUCUCCAGAGACCUCAACUGUUCCCUUCAGAACUCGCAGACGGGCAGCGGAGUGAUGGACAGCUGUGAGGGCUCGCAGCUCUAUCCUCCAACGCCCCCCAUCAUGCUGCAGCACUAUCCUUUGUUCAGAGUGAGCGAUGCCAGCUGCACGGGUCAGGACGCCGCACCGCCUGAAGAGCGACACCUGCUGUUCAGAGAGAAGUAUGACGUGCUGUCCAAGGAGGCCUCACAGAGGCUGCUGCAGUGGUUUAAGCCCCGCCUCAUCCUGAGUGGACACACCCACAGCGGAUGUGAGGUUCUCCAUGACAACAAGUACCGAGAAAUCAGCGUGCCGUCCUUCAGCUGGAGGAACAGAAACAACCCCAGCUUCAUCCUGGCAUCGGUGUCCCCCGACUCUUACUCUCUGUCCAAAUGUUUCCUGCCAGAGGAGAGCACAGUGAUCGGGGUGUACUGCUCGGCCGGCGCCUGCAUGCUGCUGCUCUUCCUGGCUCACUGUAUGUGGAUGAAAGGCCUGCUGCAGUGCCUCAGCCUCUGCCUGCUGGGCAAGCACAAGUCCCUGUGAACUACAUUAACCAGCAUGCACCACAGCCCCAGCACUGAGCCAUGAAGUCACAUAAAAUUGGUAAAAUACUUGAUGUGAGGAUUUGCAAAUGUGACGUUGUGUCCUCCUCCUCUUCAGAACGGGUCAGAAUUCUGUUUGUACAAACUGGUUCACACGUUUAGCAGCGCAGGGAAGGAGUUUCUAUUUUAGAUGUCUUUUAAGGACUCAGAUUUUAUCCCUGCUGAUAACAAUGAUGAUUUUAAGGUUUUAGCCAGUGAUCAGGAAGCAGAAGUGUGCCAAACUGUUGUCUCAAAUCAUAUCUGGGUUUGGUUUACCUUGAUUAGGAGUGCCAGACGGGUGGAGCUUAAGGAGAGUAAACCACUGAAGAGUUCCUGUCACUGACUUUAUAAAAGUUUUUCUGUGUUUUGUGGCAUUAAACGAGACAAAGGGAACAGGAACACAUGUAAAUAUAAUCUGUCCUUCGUCUGAUUGGAGGUUGUUCAGUCAGAUGUUGGUUUCUGUCUCUUCACUCUGAUGUUUGCUGUGAUCUGGUGUGAACACGCUCUCUGUUUCUGUCGUUGACGUCUGAUAAUCCAUCCAGGUCUUUCAUUGUUUUUAAGAUGCAUAUCUGAGAAUAUUUAUUGCUGACUUUCUGUGCCAAAUGUUUGUGAGGGUUUUUUGCCAAAAUUGUUCAAAUGUUUAUGAUGAAGCUGUAAAUAAUAAAUCAGAAUCUUACAUUCUGUUUUAGAGAGUUUAUGGUGUUAACUAGAGGUUGAUGUGCAUUAAGACUCAGUUUGAAUCACUUUAUCACUUUAUGGAUGAAAUGCUAAAUGUCACAGGUGUUUAGAGUCUUUACAUGACUUUUAAAAACCUUGGAUGGUGGCAGAGAUGGACACACAAUUGUGGUAUUGAAAUAUAUGAAUGUGAUUUAAACUCAAGGAAGUGUUUGCAAAUGCAAAGUCGUGUCAAAUAAAAAGAACGUUUCAGAA